AUUAUUUUAAACACUUGAGUGAUCAAAGGCUUGUUCUCGUUCAUUUUCACCUUUCUAUUAUCCCAUUCCUCAAUGCGAGAAACUGUAGACUUAAUUAAUACUAAAAUGGAAUGUCCUUAUAGUUACUUGGUAAACCUUAAUAACCCCAAUUAACACCACCUUUUCAUCGAGUUGGUGGAUUCCUUCAGAAACUUUUGGCAAGAAGUGGAAAGCUUUACUCGAUAAUUAAUUCAAACAGGUGGGGGAAAGCACGAGGAGAAGGGUGGUGGUUCAGAGUAUCAGGAAGAUCAUCGUAACUUCGACGAAGAGAAGGGUGACAAGGGUUACAAAGUCUUCCACGAAUUCGACAAAGGUGAGAAGGGUCACCAUGAUAAAGAGGAUCACAAGAAAGUGUACGACGAGAAGAAGGGGGAAAAAGAGAAGAAACACGAAGAGGAAGAUCACUAUGAUGAAAGUCAUCAGGACGAGGAAGGCGACAAAGGUGCAAAAUUCGACGAAGAGGGCAAACAUCAGAAAGGUUAUAGCACCAAAGGAGAGCACAGUGUCUUCAAAAAGGAUGAAUACGAAAAGAAACAUGAUUUUUAUGAUGAAUAUCACGAGGAUGGGGAACAUGAGAAACAUGGCGGAUAUCAUCACGAACACGAAGGCAAGAAAGGUGGACACGAGAAGAAGGGACACACAGAUUCUGCUCGACGCGAGCAUCAUCAUGGUAAGAAGAAGCAUCAUGAAGAGGGCCAUCAUCAUCGUAAGCAAAAAGGUCGAAAGCUCGAUGAAGGUCACAACAGUCAUCAUCAACAUGAUAGAAAAUAUGGAAAGAAGGGUGGACACGAAUCGGGGAAAAAAUGGUUCGCCAGUAGUGGUCAUUAAAUUUUUAAAUGAUGAAGUAGUUUUUUUAAAUAUGUAUCACAUAUAAUAAUUUAUGCUUAGCCAAUUACAGCCAUAUAAAUAUGUUAGUACUUAGUUUUACUAAUGUGCAAAUAUUAAUUCUUUAAAAGAUUGAUUCUACAACUAGUCAUAACGAUGAAUAUUUACAUUUAAAGAAACU